UUUUUAAAUAGUCGGUGAAAGACGAAACAGCUGAUUUGUUUCGGUUUAAAGCACAUGUUUGGUGCGGUACAAGUAUAAGAAUUUAAAGGACAAGUUUAAAUAAUUAAUAGUAUAAUACGUGCUUGAUUAAAAUCUAAUUAAAUUAAUAAAGAUUCAAAUACGUCUUCCUUAUCAGAUACUUAUUUGUGAAAUGAACAAUAUUCUCUAGAUAGUAUUUUUUGAAUAAUAUUUCUCAUAGCCGAGAAAAAUGGCUGACCGUGAUAGCGCAUCCGAAAGCGACUCGAGUUCAAUCGACGGUGGUCCGAUUAUGAUGCCACCAUCACCAAUUUCUCGUGAACAAUUACAAAAAAGAAUUGAAUCGCUUCAACAACAUAAUCGUGUUCUCAAAGUUGAACUUGAGACAUAUAAAUUGAGAGUCAAGGCACUGCAGGAAGAAAAUCGCAGCCUUCGUCAAGCUUCUGUUAUUAUACAAGCUAAAGCAGAACAGGAAGAAGAAUUUAUAAGCAAUACCUUAUUGAAGAAGAUUCAGGCACUUAAGAAAGAGAAAGAAACAUUAGCACACCAUUACGAACAAGAGGAGGAAUGUUUAACGAAUGAUCUGUCAAGGAAAUUGAAUCAAUUACGUCAAGAGAAAUGUCGUUUGGAACAAACAUUAGAACAAGAACAAGAAUGUCUUGUAAACAAGUUAAUGAGAAAAAUCGAAAAAUUGGAAGCAGAAACUCUUGCAAAGCAAAGUAAUUUGGAUCAAUUGCGUAGAGAAAAAGUUGAAUUGGAAAAUACUUUGGAACAAGAGCAAGAAGCAUUGGUUAAUAAAUUAUGGAAACGAAUGGACAAGUUGGAAGCAGAGAAGAGAAUGCUUCAAAUCAAAUUGGAUCAACCUGUAUCGGAUCCAACUUCACCGAGGGAAAUAAACAAUGGUGAUACUGCAACUAAUUUAAGUACACAUAUUCAAACUUUAAGAAGUGAGGUUGCACGCUUGAGGCAUACUUUAUUAAUCUCACAACAAGAACAUACGGAGAAGAUGCAACGUUACGUUAACGAAGAAAAGCAAAUACGUGAGGAAAAUUUAAGACUGCAAAGAAAAUUACAACUAGAAGUAGAACGUCGAGAAGCUUUGUGUAGACAUCUAUCAGAAUCAGAAUCCAGUUUGGAAAUGGAAGAGGAACGUCAUUAUAAUGAAAUAGUAAUGUCUGGUGGAAACAUAAGAAGUCGUACGGUCUCAAGUCCCAUUCCGUACAAUCCUUCUCCUAGUUCUUCCAGACCACUCAGUCCAGGUAAUAAUGUAUUAGGUUCGGUAACACGAGAAAAUUUCAAUCCUAAUCGGUGUUACGCGUGCGGUCAACCAACUACUCUUCCUUUUACUAGUUCAUCUCCUCCUUCAGGAGGGCACAUAGUUCCACCAUCUACCAGACGUACAUCUGAUAGAUUUGUUAAGCCAGCAAUUCCUCCGACUAUUGUUAAUCCUGGCGGUCCUCAGUUAACAAAUCCUAGCACUAAUACAAGCGGAUCAACUGGAUCACCUAUGGAUAUUACUAAAACAUAAAUAUUUGGGAUAUAUUUAUCAGUUGGUCCAGUAUCAUCAUUUACAUAUUAAUGAAAGGUACUUCUUUUAUUGGUGCAUUUGUACUAAUAUUACAUGAUGGUAUAUAUGAUAGAUGUUAAACAACAGUGGCUUGAAAAAAAAAAAAGACCUUUGGUUUCCAAUGUUUUUAUAAUAAUUCUCCAGUUACUACGGUGUAAUGAUUCAAUUUUGUUAGAAUUACGAAGGAAACAAGCAAAUAUGCCAUUAUAAAUUAUUCUAUAAUAUCGUUACACACACACACACACACUAGCUAUCAACAACAACAACAACAACA